CUUGGCAGUGGGCCGAUUGGUAUAUAAAAACUUCCGUUUCAUCACCUACCAACUACACGACAAUAAAAUGCUGAAUCUGACCAUGCCACUAUCAACGCCGAAUCCGAAGUCCGUCAGCCGUCCCUCUCUAUCAGCUCUGGUGCCCAAUUGUGCACCUGGUCUGUUGUAUAUCAUGGCCCAGCCCCUCUUGGAUGCCACGUCUCUUGGGCUUUUUCUAAUCACAUAAACGCCUUCAAGCAUCUGUCUGGCUUUCCAGCACUGUUUAUUAACAUGGCUUUCAAGAAUCAAGCCGCGUGGAUCCCCGCCAAAAAGGUCGUCCCAUUCAAAAUUAGCUCGGCGCCAUACACACGGCCUGGGCCCGGCCAAAUCGUCAUUAAGAAUGGCGCCGUUGGCAUCAAUCCCUUUGACUGGAUCCUCCAAUACCAGGCCUCACUCCUCGCCUCACAUCUCACGUACCCCAUGAUCCUCGGCAUUGACGUCGCCGGCACCGUCGUCGAAGUCGGCUCCGGCGUGACUCGCUUCAAGGUCGGGGACAGGGUAGCCGGCAGCGCUGUCUCCGCCGACAAGUCGGUCAAUAGUGCCGCUGAAGGCGCCUUUCAGCUGUACACCGUGCUGCGCCAACACAUGGUCGCCCCGGUCCCCGACCACGUCACGGACGAGCAGGCCGCCGUCUUGGGCCUGGGUCUCGGUACAGCUGCGUACGGGCUUUUUCAUAAGGAUUAUCUAGCCCUUGAUAUGCCGCAGAUUCCAGCGCCGAAGAAUCCGGCGCCAGGAAGGAAAUACCCCCGCGCUAUCAUCAUCACGGGCGGCGCGUCUAGCGUUGGCUGCUGCGCUAUCCAGCUUGCGGUGUCGGCGGGGUAUGAAGUUGUAUCGACCUCGUCACCGAAGAACUUUGAGUAUGUCAAGAGCCUGGGUGCCUCUCACGUCUUUGACUAUAAUAGUAAGACGCUGGUGGCAGACCUCGUGCGCGUCCUCGAAGGCCGCGAACUGGUCGGCGCAUAUACGGUUGGCGCGAACGCAGACCAGAUCUGCGCCACGGUGAUGAAGGAACGACUGGCCAAAACACCCGAUCUGCCGACGAGGAAGUUCAUUGCGCUGGCGGGCGGCGGUCACAAGGGCGCCGAUGCGUUCAAGGGCUUUCUCGGGCCGUACCGCAUGAUGCGCGGAAUGAUGGGCAUGAUGGGGCGGAAUGCGGUGACCAAGAUGCUGACAGGCAUUGAGAUCAAGUUUAUCAUGAUUGUUGGGUUGGUCGAUCCCGAGAGCUGUGUGUCGCAUAUCUAUCUGGACUUUUUGGGGCCGGCGCUCGCGCAGAGACAGUUUGUGCCGGCACCGGAACCGGAGGUCGUGGGAUCCGGGUUGGAGAUGAUUAAUGAGGCGUUGGAGAUUAAUCAGAAGGGGGUGUCGGCGAAGAAGAUUGUUGUGUCGUUGCCAUAGCACUGAUUUUUGGGAUGUUGAGAUUGGGCGUAUACUAUACGGCACCCUAUAUGUAAUAGUCUGUAUUGGUAUCUCUUUUGUGUACGGAGAAUAUAAUUCGGUCAGCCAGAACAAAAAAAAAGCUGAAAAGAUGGACUGUAU